CCAACAUGAAUCAGCCCUCCACGAAAGCAUGUAUCUGCCGAAACAUUUUCAGCUUUCGCAUUGGCAAUGUUUCUCGUCUUUAACCGGUCUUCACCCAAGACACGUGCCAAAACAAUCAAGCAACAGCCACCGGAAGCUUCACGUAAAGUGCCAGGCGUCCUUCCCCACUACACGAUAUGAACUGACAACGCCGGCAUCGACAUGAUUAAUACUAAUGUCGGCGUGCCCAGCGAGUCAUGCCAGAAAGCGAGAUUGCUCAGGCUGACUGUGUAACUAUGUCAAUGUUGAUCUCGUAAACACAUUCUCCUGUAGGCCGGACUUCAACCACCUCCACAGCCAUAUAUAAGACCGUCUUGACCUUUUCGCUCCAAUCCUCAUCCUCCAACCCCCUCCACUCCUUCAUUCAUCCCAUCCCGAUCCAACAACCGUCACCAUGAAAUUCUCCUCCACCGUCAUCCUGCUCUUUAGCGGCCUUGCCGUGGCCGCCCCAGCAGCCGAGCCCGAGCCACUCUUCUCUCGCCAGGCAGCACAGAGUAUCCACGAUGCCAUAGUGCGCAAGGGAAAGAAGUACUUCGGCACCGCCACGGACCCGGGCCGCUUCAACAGUGGCAGCAACGGCGCGAUUAUCAAGGCGAACUUUGGACAGGUGACGCCGGAGAACAGUAUGAAAUGGGACGCCACUGAGUCGUCCCGCAACAACUUCAACUUCGGCACCGCGGACCAGACCGUCGCCUUCGCAACCUCCAACAACAAGCUGAUCCGCGGCCACACGACUGUCUGGCACUCUCAGCUUCCAUCCUGGGUUAGUUCGAUUAGCGACAAAGCCACCCUGACGACUGUGAUGCAGAACCACAUCACGACACUCAUGACACGGUACAAGGGAAAGGUGUAUGCCUGGGAUGUGAUUAACGAGAUGUUUAACGAGGAUGGGAGUUUUAGGUCUAGUGUGUUCUACAACGUCCUCGGCCAGGACUUUGUGAGGAUCGCGUUUGAGGCUGCGAGGAAGGCUGAUCCGGCUGCGAAGCUGUACAUCAAUGACUACAACCUCGACUCUGCAUCCUACGCCAAAACGCAAGCCAUGAUCCGCAACGUCAACGCCUGGCGCAGCGCCGGUAUCCCCAUCGACGGCAUCGGCUCGCAGGCACACUUGACCUCCGGUCAGGGCGCGAACGCUCCCGCUGCUAUGGCUGCGCUGUGUGCUGCUGCACCUGAGUGCGCUUUGACUGAGGUCGACAUCCAGAAUGCUCAGACGGCUGAUUGGACCAACGUUGUCAAGGCUUGCCUGAACCAGUCGAACUGCGUUGGUAUCACGGUUUGGGGCGUCAGGGACAGCGAUUCUUGGAGGCCACAGGGUAACCCGCUGCUGUUCGAUGCGAACUACAAGCCCAAGGCUGAGUAUAACACGGUAUUGGCAGCGCUACAGUAG